AUAGCCGGAGGCUGCCACCCACACAGUAGCGUUGCAUGUAUCUGAUUUUCACCUGAUCACUCUUAUUCACGAGGUGUUGCUGAUCUGUUGGGUCCUCUGGAUUGAGUGCUGCCUGCUUUGGCUGUGCAGCUGCUUGCUUCGCAAACCGGAGGGCUGAGGACUUGUGCUCAGCAGGAGUUUAAUAGAACCAAAACCAAGCAGUCACCAUGCUGCGAGACGUUGUGUCAAACAUUGUAGGAUUCCACAGCAAUCUAAAAUCUAAAAUUGAUGUCAGAGUUAUAGACUACCCUCUGAUGCAGAGCCCCAUCCACAUGACCUGCAUCCUGUUGGGAUAUGUCUUCCUCUCGGUGUACAUUGGACCUCGCCUGAUGGCAAACCGCAAACCUUUCAGCCUCAAAACACCAAUGAUUGUCUACAACCUUUCUAUGGUUUUAAUGAAUGCCUACAUAGUGUAUGAGUUCAUGAUGUCUGGUUGGGCCACCACUUUCACAUGGAGAUGUGAUCUGGUUGACACCUCCAGCAGCCCACAGGCUCUGAGGAUGAUCCGAGUUUCUUGGUUAUUUUAUUUUUCAAAAUACAUCGAACUCCUCGACACAGCAUUCUUUGUGCUGAGAAAGAAGCAAGCUCAGAUCACAUUUCUCCACGUCUUCCAUCACUCCGUCAUGCCCUGGUCUUGGUGGUGGGGCAUCACCCUGACGCCUGCUGCAGGAAUGGGCUGCUUCCACGCCAUGGUGAAUUCUGCAGUCCAUGUUAUCAUGUACUCCUACUACGGCCUUUCUGCUGCAGGGCCUCGCUUCCAGAAAUACCUGUGGUGGAAGAAGUACAUGACCGCUAUCCAGCUCACGCAGUUCAUUCUGGUGUCCGUUCACAUCAGCCAGUACUACUUCAUGGAAAAGUGUGACUAUCAGAACCCCUUGUGGAUCCACCUGAUCUGGAUGUACGGUGUCUUCUUCUUCUUCCUCUUCUCUAACUUCUGGGUGCAGGCAUAUAUAAAGGGCAAACGUCUUCCUGGCACAGACAAAAAGACAAAACAGAAUGGCUCGACCAGUGAACCGAUCAGUGUGGUGGCAAAUGGCAAACAUGUUGAGAACGGGAAUGCUCACCACUACACCAACGGCAAAAUCCUAAUGGGCAAAGUAAAAGAAAUCUAACCUGGGGACUCUGGAAAGAGAAGGAGGCAUAGACUAAUUUUACAACCUUGAAUAUGUCAUUCAUCAUUCAUGUCUUGCAGCAUAUUGGAGUGACACAGAUUACAAUAUGCUACUUCGAACCUGCAGAAUUUCUAUGUAAGUCUAGUCUUUUGUGAAAAUAUAUGCACACUUAUCGGGAUAUGGAUGGCAUAUUGCGUUUUGCCGGUGAUCUCCACAUUGUGUUGUGUAAGCUGUUGCAAAAAUUAUUAACUGUGAUGAACACUGUAUGGAGAUUGGUGCUCAUGAUAUCACUGAUAGUAUUCUUCAACUCGGGCUUGAGCCACAACAGCUUGAUCUACACUGCUCUUUGGCAAGCAUGGCCUUUGUUGCUUGGAAGUAUGGCACAGUUUUUACUGAAGACUAGUCCAUGUAAAUAACUGCUAUAAAGUUUAUGCUAAAAUAAGGUUUUCAUUGUAAAUGACAAUUGUUUUUAGUUUUUUUCCCCUGUUUUUAUUUAUCUUUUGAAAUAAAACCAAAAUUUUGAUAAA